AUGGGCUUGACGAAGCUCUUGACAUUGACGACUCUGGGCCUCGUGGCGGCCGAAACAUCCGUCGUGUCGCUGUUCCUGUUCGACGCGUACGAGGCCGAAGGUGGAGCUGAUGCUCAUUCGCUGGCCGGCUCGGUCGUGGCCGUGGACGCUGGCACCACCACUUACAGCAUUAACUGUGGCCCGGGUGUCGACUCCAACGAAUGCCCGUUUCUGCCGGGAUUGUGGUACACGCAGGGUCCCACAUCUAUUGAAUAUGCCUUGCAGAGCCCUUAUGACAGAUACGGCACCGUGGCCUGCUCGCUGGGAGGCUCUACCUCUGCCGUCUGCACGGAUGUGCUUCCCACGACGGGCUCGAACUCCAUGCAGCCGCAGACCACCUCCAUUGGGAAGGACAUGAUUGCUUCCGAGCGUGUGACGAUCACUGCCGGGGCUACUGCGACCGCUACCGGUGCCUCGGCUACCAAGACUGAUGAGUCGAGCAGUACUGCCGAUUCUAGCACUGCCGACUCUAGCAGCGCUACUUCUCAGGGCACGGGUGCUUCUUCGACUAGCACCGGUGGGCUGCCUCAGAUUACUGCCAGCCCUGGACUUGCGCUGGGUGGUGUUGCAGCAGCACUGGCGGCAGCUGCUCUGUGA